AUGUCUACCACACCUGCGCCUGGCUCUCUUGAGGCAGAAUGUCCUGGGGGUCUAGACUGGGCCUGGUACGGCCUGGGCGAGUGCAUCAGAUCGACCCAGGAUAAAGUCUCCAUUGCAUUUGGUGUGCUGAGCAUCGUCUCGUGGUGUUUUUUUGGAUUCCCACAGAUCUACGAGAACUGUGUUAGAAAGAUGCCAGACUCGGCAGUCUCAGCGUUUCUUCUGGUCUUUUGGUUGCUUGGAGAUUCCCUUAAUUUUAUUGGCGCCUUCUUGACAGGCCAGCUCUUUUUGCAGAAACUUCUCGCUGGCUACACAGUCCUUAUCGAUAUUAUUCUCUGCGUUCAAUACCUGUACUACCUAAUUCUCCACAAAGUGCAGCUUAAAAUCACAAAGAUGGCAGAUGAGUUUGGCUCUUUUUUGCAUCAUUUAAAACGGAAAAGUAAACAACAAGCCUUACGCUUUUCGAUUUUUGCUGAACGUUUUGGGAUUUGUUUCGACUCAGGGCAUCCCAAAGUUGAGGACUUGGAUGAAGAGGAGGAGGACGCGAAAUCCUCAGCUGGCCCCGCACGCAACAAAAUAUUGGCAACGGUCCUUCUCGGUGUUAUCGUGCUGAGUGUCGUGCCUCUACCAAUGUCUGGCGAGUCUCCUGUCCCGAGGCAAACAUCUGUCAGUGGUCGUCGACUUCUCCAAGCUACUACCACGCCGGACCCAUGGGCCGACUUUCUGGCUUGGAGGCGAAAAUGCACAGAAGGUCUCAGUUUCUAUCUCUUCUUCCUCGCUGUUUUGGGCAAUACAUUUUACUCUUGUCAAAUUUUCACAAAGUCGAUUGACGCUGUCUUCAUCGUGAAUUCUUUGCCAUGGAUCAUUGGCAGCAUGGGCAUCCUGCUAUUCGAUGCUUUUGUAAGUUCUUACAUAAAAAAUGUUCGGAAAACGUCUUAUUUUACAUUUUGA